CUGGCAACUUUGUAACCGGGACCGUUGUGGGGAUGAGCAACGGCUAAUGGCUGACUGGGAGUUCUGGAUUAGCUAGCUAACGUUGGCCAACUGGUAAAUCUUUAACGACAUGUAUGUGUGCCCGGUGGAAAGCUGUGUUUGUAUUGCAUGGGUGAAUUUUCGGAUGUGGACACUUGGAUGUGUAUUGGUGAACUGUUCCUGAAGCUGCACUUGGAAGACAGAGCCUACAAAGUGCCAAGCCGUGUUGGUUGGUGUUCCUUCUGCAACAUGUCUAAGAGCAAGAGCUCUGAGUCGGUCAAGGUGGUGGUCCGUUGUCGCCCUAUGAAUGAAAAAGAGCGGGCAGCUAAGUUUGAAAGGGUGGUUUCUGUUGAUGUCAAAUUGGGCCAAAUUAUUGUCAGGAACCCCAGGGAGGCUUCAGCCGGCGAACUCCCCAAAAUCUUCACUUAUGAUUCAGUCUAUGACUCAAACUCCAAACAAAUAGAUUUGUAUGAUGAAACCUUCAGGCCCCUGGUGGAUUCAGUUCUACUUGGGUUCAACGGGACCAUUUUUGCCUAUGGGCAGACCGGUACAGGGAAGACAUACACAAUGGAGGGGGUGAGAAACGAUCCAGAGAGGAGAGGGGUGAUCCCUAACUCCUUUGAGCAUGUUUUCACUCACAUUUCACGGUCUCAGAAUCAACAGUACCUGGUGAGAGCAUCAUAUCUAGAAAUUUACCAAGAGGAGAUCAAAGACUUGCUCUCCAAAGACCAGUCGCGUCGUCUCGAGCUCAGGGAGAGGCCUGACACGGGUGUGUACGUUAAAGACCUUUCGUCAUUUGUCACCAAGAGUGUGCGGGAGAUUGAACAUGUCAUGAAUGUGGGAAACCAGAAUCGUUCGGUGGGCGCCACUAACAUGAAUGAACACAGCUCCCGUUCUCACGCCAUCUUUGUCAUCACUGUUGAGUGCAGUGAGUUGGGUGUCGACGGGGAGAACCACAUCAGAGUUGGCAAACUGAACCUGGUGGAUUUAGCCGGCAGUGAAAGGCAGACCAAGACCGGCGCUCAGGGGGAGAGACUUAAAGAAGCCACAAAGAUCAAUCUGUCGCUUUCGGCUCUGGGGAACGUCAUAUCUGCUCUGGUGGAUGGCAGGAGCAGCCACAUCCCCUACCGAGAUUCAAAACUCACCCGUCUGCUGCAAGACUCUCUGGGGGGCAACGCCCGCACUGUCAUGGUCGCCAACAUUGGCCCGGCAUCCUACAACGUGGAGGAGACCUUGACAACGCUGCGCUAUUCCAACAGGGCGAAGAACAUCAAGAAUAAACCACGUAUCAACGAGGACCCCAAGGAUGCCCUGCUCAGGGAGUUUCAGGAGGAGAUCGCGCGGCUGAAGGAACAGCUGCAAAAGCGCUCUGGAAAGAAGAAAAGGAGGAGGCAGAGGAGGAGGGUCGGGGAUGGGAGCGACGGUGAGGAUCUGGAGGAAGGCGAGACGGAGGAUGACGAGGAAGAGGGGGACGACAAAGGAGAUUACUGGCGGGAGCAGCAGGAGAAGCUGGAGAGAGAAAGAGAGGCCAUCAUGGAGGAUCAUAGUCUGGUGGCUGGGGAGAAAGCUCGUCUGCUUAAAGAAAAAGAGAAGAAAAUGGAAGAUUUGAAGAGGGAGAAGGAUGCAGGAGAGAUGCUUGCAGCCAAAGUGAAAGCAAUGGAGAGUAAGCUCUUAGUAGGGGGGAAGAACAUUGUGGACCACACCAAUGAGCAACAGAAAAUGCUGGAGCUGAAGAGGCAGGAAAUCGCUGAACAGAAACGGCGAGAGCGAGAGAUGCAGCAGCAGAUGGAGAGUCGUGACGAGGAGACUCUGGAGCUGAAGGAGACCUACAGUUCUCUGCAGCAGGAGGUCGACAUCAAAACCAAGAAGCUGAAAAAGCUGUUUGCCAAGCUGCAGGCAGUGAAGGCAGAAAUCCAUGACAUCCAGGAGGCGCACAUCAACGAGCGCCAGGAGCUGGAACAGACCCAGAACGAGCUCACCAGGGACCUCAAACUCAAGCAUCUGAUCAUCGAGAAUUUCAUUCCCUUAGAGGAGAAGAACAAAAUAGUCCACAGGGCUUACUUUGAUGACGAGGAUGAAUACUGGAAAACGAAGCCCAUCACCCGUAUAGAGGAUGACCAUCAGAUGAUGACCAGGCCUUUGUCAGCGGUUGGCUACAGAAGACCUCUGAGUCAGCAUGCUCGCAUGGCCAUGAUGAUGAGGCCUGAAAUGAGAUACAAAGCUGAAAACAUCAUGAUGCUCGACAUGGAUCUGCCCACUCGGACCACUAAAGAGUAUCAGGAGCCGGUUAUCGCCCCAACGGUGGCGCGGGCUCUGGAGGACGCUCUUAGGGAUGAGGAUGAGAUCCAGGUAGAUGCCUCAGGCUUUCACAGCAGCUUGGGAUCAACCCCGCCCGUCAGCGCCAGCCUCAAGAAAACAAAGUCUGGUCGACCAAGAACAGGCAAGAAGUCGAGCACCCCGACCUCACCAUUCAGCCCCUCAAGUCCAGGAUCCCCGCUUUACCCACAAUCCCGCGGCCUGGUGCCCAAGUGACAGCUUCUACAACUAAUAUCACCACCAAUCUCUCUUUUGCACCUUUCCACUUUGGGACUCCACUUUAAGAAAAAGGGUUGUAUGUCAAGAUGACAGAAUAUGGGAUUAAGACUGAUGCUGCUUUGUAGGUUUUAACUGUAACCACACCACUUAUAACUGCUGUCAAUAGCUUUUGAAACCCCUGAGUCAGUACGACACCAGGACAGCAGCCACGCAUGACGCGUAAUAUCACUCUACACUGUCACCUUUCCCUACAUUUGGCUUAAUGCCACCAAUGUCUUAAAUAUAUAUAUAUGUCACAAUGUUCUUAAUGUAUAGAAAGAAAUGAUGGACUGCAGUAUCCCCAUGAACUUCUUCCUAUCUUCCCAAAUCUGUGUUAGGUGUAGUCCUCUUACUGUGGACAUAGGUGGGAGGGGUGGUGGGAUGGACGUGAAGACACAUGGACUUGGCAGCCCACUGAUCCACUGUCACUAAGUGUGUGUGUCCACAUGUCUUUACGUCAAACAUUUCAGUUGAUGUCAAACAGCGCAGUUCAUUUCCAUUGUUGGAGCGCUGAUAAUGUUAGAACAGAGCUUUAAGACCUGUUUGUGUUGCGUCUCAAAGGUUUUUUUGAACAUUUUGGGAAAUAAGCUUAUUUGCAAUUUUUUAGCUAGUAAGACGACAACAAAUAACAUAAAUUUGCUGAAUAUGAAGCUAGAGGUAAUUAGCUUAACACAUCAGGAAGUCAAUGUUGCCAGCCCCAAAACAAAAAUGGUUCCAGCAAACAACUCCCCAAAAACCCCAACAUGUCAGUCUCCCAUUUGUUUAUUAGAUGAAACAAAUUAGAAACAAUGUGUUAAUUGGUAGGUGAGCAGACAGCGCUAACUGCUAGCCUUCUGCUUCCAGUCUUAAUGCUAAGCUCAUCACAAAUAAGUGUAUUUCCUAAAAUGUUGAACUAUUCAUUUAGACUGAAAUGCGCAGGCCAGAAAGUGAAGCACACUACAGACGUGUUGUGUGUCAUAAGUUGCUGUAAUUAGUAGACGCUGUUCUUCCUGGGGCACACGAGGUGGAGGUGGGGAACAAUGGGAGAGAGCUCAACACAUUCACACACCCGCUGUGGACACAUUCUAGGUUGUAGGACAUUGCAGUCGGCCACCAGACGUCCUAGCAGACCAAUGCCAAGUGUUACCUCGGUCACUUCAAAGUUACUGUCCUGGGAUGUGCCUCUUGAUUCAUCAGGGUCCCAAGGUGCCUUAACCUGUGUCCUUAAUCUCUGCUCCCUUUGUUUGAAGUGUGCGCACACAUUCUUCUCUGCUUGUGUUUUUUUUCAUCACUCUCAUCUGCUCAUCCAUUCCAGCAUCAGGGAAUUGUUACUACGGUCCAGAUAUUUCUGUCGGAAUGGGGUGCACUCGUUACAUGGAGAGGCAGAGCGUUUGGACACAGCAUUCAACACCAGGUUUCUGGGUAAGGGCCACAGGAAGUCAAGGCACGCUGAGGGUGAUGUAUUCCCCCUCCGUUUGUUUUUUAUACCUCAUUUACCGUUGUGCAGAACUGGUUGGUCUAACAGAAGUCUAACACCCCCCAGGGGAGUGCUGAGUUUUUGACAGUAGUGGUGCUACAAAACUCAGUCGAAACACUACAGACGUCUUUAUCUGAACACAAAUCAUUCUCUUUGUAUGCCUACAGAUGAACUAUAUGCAGUUUUAACCUCCACGGUUCGGCCAGCCUUUCUGCUGCUCUCUGUUCCCCAUACUCUGGAUACUGUGAGGGGGGGUGUGCUGUCCACUCGCUGCUACUGUGUAGGGUCUUACAACCCACUGUGACAUUUCAACAGGCUUGGGUCAAAUGGCAAAUGAAGUCGUGUCAAAAAUGUGUGCAGUUGAUUGUGUCUAGCACUGACCAUCAAGCCCAUUUCAGUUACUAAAGAGUCUCUCUCGCUGUUUGACCCAUGCCUGCAUACCUUAUAUAUGUAAUAAUGAAUAUAGACCUUAGGCAAUCCUCAGUCACUUUUGCAGAUAUAUACAAAAAAAAUACAAAAAUGGGUUUCCAUGAAAAAAAAUCUAACUUAUAAUCUUUCUUUUUUUUAUACACAGAUGUAGAUAUAAUUUUCUAUUCAGUUUUUUUCUUCUUUAAAAUAGAUUGUUUUAUUUUUUGAUCUUUGUAAUUUAAUGUUGACAUUUUAUUUUUUUGCGUCAUACGUGUACUGUGUGUCUUCGCUUGUAUUCAUCAUGGAACAGGCUUUAGUUGUUUGCGCAUACACUUUACAUUUUUUAGUGUAUAUUUUCAGUAUGGGAGGUAAAAGCGCGGGUCAACUGUUGCACAUUGUUGAUUUGGGGAAGUGUGGUGACUGCUUUUAGAAAGCGGAGAUUCACGUCACAGUUGAGUAUUUACAUGUUCACUGUACAUUUUGCUUCAUAAACACAAACAAUCUUUAGAAUAAGGCCUAAUUGUUGUAACUAACAUUGCAAUGCUGUGUACCUGAUGCAUGAUUUUAGCAGGCUUCAGUCAUACCUGUUGGUGGUGUGAGUAUUCAUCAUUCAUAGGAAUUUGGUGAAAAUGUGAAUACCUUUUGAAUCUGUAGCCCAUAGCUACGUCACUGGAUCCAAACUCCAUAUCUAAGACUCUUGUGACCAACUUCUUUGUGCUGGUGGUUUUUUAAAGCCAAAUAACGAUGCAGAUGCACCUCUGUCUGUGGCUGGCCAUGUCUUCAACUUGUUUAGUUUCUUUUAAUGAAUAAAGAUAUUUCAAUGAU